AUGCGCACGACGUUCGCGCUUGCAUCGCUGCUGAGCGUUGCUGCCUGCGCCUCGGCCAGCCGCACUGCAUCGCCCGUGCUGGCCUUCACCUCGCAGCAGAGCCCUGCACUCCAAUUCGAGGCACCUGCCGACGCCAGCUUCUCUACCUUUGUCAGCUCGCUUUUCGCGGUCGAGCCGUCUUCGGACGCAAAAUCGGGUGGCUUUUUGAACUCGCUCUUUGGCGCUCGCCAGAAGCCAGCUGCGUGCGACCUUGGAGCCAUCGCGAUCGUGCGCCCCGAGAAGCUCGACGGCAACACGUUUGCCAGCCUCCGACACUCGUCGACCAACUCGCUGCGUGCCAGGUCGCUCGAAGCUCCCGAGCAAAUCACGUUCAACGCGCAGCCGGAAGUCGACCCUUUCCAGAAGAUCAACAGCGCCUUCGCCAAGACAUGCAGGCCUUCCCGAAUGAUUCUGACUAACACCAGUGUGGCACACGACUUUGACUUCUUCAGGUCGCACGACUUGCCGGGCCACAAGCAUGCACCGAACUUGCUCGAGCUGCCCGUAGACGACUUGCGAACCCAAGAGUCGCAGCUGCUGCAGUUUAUCGAGGGACUGGACAACGCUUACCCCAGGAACCUGGUAAUCAUCCUGUCGCGCGACAACACCAGGACGCACCAGCACUCCAAGCGCCAGGUCGCGGCAUCGCCUUCGAGCUCGGACGACAAGUGGGUCGAGCCGACAGGCGGCGUCUUUGCCAAGUACCAGCUCUUCUCGACACCCCUGCUUCUCGUGCUGCUGCUCGUUGGCGGCGUGCUGGUGCCGAUCGUGUACUUUGCCGUCGCCCAGCUCGCGCAGGUGCAGACACCCGACCAGAUGGGCGUGCGGAAGGACCCCAUCUCGGGCGACAAGAAGACGCAGUAA